GCUCAGACACCCAACAAGUCACCCACCCCGCAGCCCCAGCGAGCCCGAAGCAGACCAGACGAGUGUUCUGCGAUGGAAGGUGCAGAUACCUCCAGGAGCAACGGGGCCAGCCCAGAAGCCAGGGACGCCCGCAGCCCAUCAGGCCCCCACGGUGGCCUGGAGAAUGGUACCAAGGCCGAGGGCAAGGACAACAAAACCACCAACGGGCACGGCGGAGAGGCGGCUGAAAGCAAAAGCUUGGGCAGCGCCCUGAAGGCAGGGGAAGGGAAGAGUGCCUUGUUCUCCGGCAACGAUUGGCGGCGGCCCAUCAUCCAGUUCGUAGAGUCUGUGGAUGACAAGGGCUCCAACUACUUCAGCAUGGACUCCGCGGAAGGCAGGAGGUCGCCCUACGCAGGGCUCCAGCUGGGGGCCAAGAAGCCUCCCGUCACCUUCGCAGAGAAGGGGGAACUGCGCAAGUCCAUCUUCUCGGAGCCCCGCAAGGUGUCCAUCGUGGAGCCCGGAGAGGCCCGGCGAAACAGCUACCCGCGGGCUGACUCCGGACUCCUGCUGCGGCCCAGGUCCAGCUCCGAGGAGGUGCUGUGCGACUCCUGCAUCGGCAACAAGCAAAAGGCGGUCAAGUCCUGCCUGGUGUGCCAGGCCUCCUUCUGCGAGCUGCACCUCAAACCCCACCUGGAGGGUGCCGCCUUCCGCGACCACCAGCUGCUCGAGCCCAUCCGUGACUUCGAGGCUCGCAAGUGCCCCCUGCACGGCAAGACCAUGGAGCUCUUCUGCCAGACCGACCAGACCUGCAUCUGCUACCUCUGUAUGUUCCAGGAGCACAAGAACCACAGCACCGUGACGGUAGAAGAGGCCAAGGCUGAGAAGGAGACGGAGUUGUCACUACAAAAGGAGCAGCUGCAACUCAAGAUCAUUGAGAUUGAGGAUGAAACUGAGAAGUGGCAGAAGGAGAAGGAUCGCAUCAAGAGCUUCACCACCAAUGAGAAGGCCAUCCUGGAACAGAACUUCCGAGACCUAGUGCGGGACCUGGAGAAACAAAAGGAGGAAGUAAGGGCUGCACUGGAGCAGCGGGAGCAGGAUGCUGUGGACCAAAUAAAGAUUAUUGUGGAUGCUCUGGAUGAGAGGGCUAAGGUGUUGCAUGAGGACAAGCAGACCCGGGAGCAGCUACACAGCAUCAGUGACUCGGUGCUGUUUCUGCAGGAAUUUGGUGCACUGAUGAGCAAUUACUCUCUGCCCCCACCCCUUCCCACCUACCAUGUCCUGCUGGAAGGGGAAGGCCUGGGACAGUCACUAGGCAACUUCAAAGAUGACCUGCUCAAUGUGUGCAUGCGCCACGUUGAGAAGAUGUGCAAGGCUGAUCUAAGCCGUAAUUUCAUCGAAAGGAACCACAUGGAGAAUGGUGGUGACCAUCGCUACAUGAACAGCUACACAAACAGCUUCGGGAAUGAGUGGAGUACACCUGACACCUUGAAGAGAUACUCUAUGUACCUCACGCCCAAGGGUGGGGCCCGCUCUGUCUAUCAGCCAUCGUCUCCUGGCCGUCUCUCCAAGGAGACCAACCAGAAGAAUUUCAACAAUCUCUAUGGCACCAAAGGUAACUACACCUCCCGGGUCUGGGAGUAUUCUUCCUCCAUCCAGAGUUCAGACGACCAGCCCCAGGUCCAAGGCAGCUCCUCCUUCUCCCUGAAAGGCUAUCCCUCCCUCCUCCGGAGCCAGGCCCCCAAGGCCCAGCCCCAGACUUGGAAAUCUGGGAAGCAGACUCUGUUCUCUCACUACCGGCCUUUCUACGUCAACAAAAGCAAUGGGAUCGGGUCCAAUGAGGCCCCCUGAGCCCUGGCAGGAGGGACCAAGGCACAGCCACCCCCCACCCUGUCCACCUCACACUUUUUCAGCUGCUGCUCUGCUCCGAGUGAGAGUGGGCCCACCUGCCCUGCCCUCCACUGCUGGCCGUGCUCCAUCCCAGCUAUUUCCCACUUGGUCACCCUUGUUCCUAUGCUCAGGGGCCAACCCAGGGCAGGACUAAGAGGCAGGCAGCUUCUCCUUUAAUUCCCCCUCAUGGGGCUGGGUCCCUGGGGCCUCUGUGGUGUCGGCCUGCCCUCUUGCCCGCGCCCUUUUGUCUCUAGGCCUGGUGGCCACUUCUCUUCAAGCACUCAUCUCCCCAGUGUGGGCAGGAAGUGCCAGGCCGUUCCUAGCUCCCUUUCCUGUGAGCCCACCUUCUUCUUCCCAGCAGCCUUGCCCUGACAGAAGAAGGCUGUCCCAUGUGCCCUGAAGGUCCUACUCACGAAGCCUAGCCUGGCAGAACCUCAGCCUUUGGCCACCUUGGAGAGGGAGCUUUUGGUGACCGGGCCUCAGCCUGCCUGUAGUCUCUGCCAUGCUCACCUUGAGUCUGCAGUCCCUGGAGCACAGGCUCCUGGCUGGCAGGAUGGUCUAAGCCAAGCUAUCCUCUUCUACCUUCAGCACAAGCAAUAUAAGCCAUAUAAGCCACCCCUGAAAAUAGGUACUGGCCCAGCCUCCCUCAGGAAAUACCAUUUCCCUGUGGGAGUUUAAUCAUUAUAGAAACUGGCAUUCUCCUUAGCAAUAGAAAUGGAGCAGGCUGGUGAUUGCCACCACUGUCUACAAGGCUGCCUUACAUACUGCCCCAUCAGGGAAUCUGUCUCCCCUCUGACUGUCUUCCUGGUCUGUCACAUGUCACAGGGCCUAGAGAGGACACCAAACCAAGAGCAGCCUGGGGGUGUCCUCUCUCACUCCAAGGACAGAUGGGGGCUAUGGAGGUGUCCAGCUUGUAGAGGUGGGAGGGGACUUUCAGCUUGGGCUUUCCCCUCAAUAAACUCAUC